GCCGCUCAGCCGCAGGAGCGAGCGCGGGGGUCCGCAGCCGCCAUUAGACAAUAGGAGCGGCGGCGGCGGCGGCGGUGGUAGCAGCAGCGGGCGAGAGAAGCGCGGGCGAGGCCCGGGGAAACUGCGCCGCUUUGCCCUUCCCGUCCUUCCGGCCUUUGCAAAGAAGGGAAAAGCCCGCCCAGGCCCUCAAAGCAGCAGCAGCCGCCGCAACCGGGGCCUCCCCGCUUUUGCAAUCACCGCCCGCCGCUGCUUUCUCCCGGCCGGGAUUCCGUGGGAGGCGGCAGCACCAGCUCCGGCUCUCGGCGGGAUUUAGCCCCACAAAGGCCCCUCGGGUGCGAAGUCCUCGGCCGCCUUUGCCCGCUCGGGGGUAGGGGGGCGGCUUGCAGGCGGGUGCAGCGGCCGGCUGCCUGCCUCCGGCUCGGCUGCCCGAUUGGCAUGAUGUUUCCGCAAAGCCGGCACUCAGCCUCUUCUCAUCUGCCUCAGCAAUUGAAGUUCACAACUUCCGAUUCCUGCGACCGGAUUAAAGAUGAAUUCCAGUUGCUCCAGGCCCAGUAUCACAGCCUGAAGUUGGAAUGCGACAAGCUGGCCAGCGAAAAGUCGGAGAUGCAGCGCCAUUACGUGAUGUAUUACGAGAUGUCCUAUGGCCUCAACAUCGAAAUGCAUAAGCAGCACCAACAGCAGGUCCUGGGAGCCAUUGAGCGGGCCAAGCAAGUGACAGCCCCCGAACUGAAUUCCAUCAUCCGGCAGCAACUCCAAGCCCACCAGCUCUCUCAGCUGCAGGCACUGGCCUUGCCCCUCACCCCGCUCUCCGUGGGCCUGCAGGCCCCCUCCCUGCCCGCCGUGAGCGCCAGCACCGGCCUGCUCUCCCUCUCGGCGCUGGGCUCCCAGGCCCACCUCUGCAAGGAAGACAAGAACGGUCACGACGGAGACGCCCACCAAGAAGACGACGGGGAAAAAUCCGACUAGGUGGAUCUCGGGUUGGGGGGGGGUGCAGCGGGAGGCGAUCCUGGCGGUGGGGGCAGAAGAUGCCGCAUUUAAUCCAAUUCCGGGGCUGGCAGGAAAACCAUGAUUCUUCAGUGGGGUACGAGGGGCGAGACAAAAUUGCAGCAAUAACAUUUUAGCCCCCUCUCUUUUCCUGCCCUUCCUUCAUUCCAGCUCGAUAGCAGGCAGGAACGGUUUUCCCCAAGCAAUUGGGGACCUUUUGCAUGCAUGUUGGGGAGGGGGGUUCAGGUGAGGAAGGGGUUUGACCUCCCCCACCCUCUUCUAUCUCCCCUCUUCCCUUUAAAUUAAUUCCAAAGGGUUAAGCCAGCAUCAGAAUAUCCACGAUGCAUUGUUAAACUGGGUUCCUCCCCUCCGUGCAUCCAUCCAUCCAUCCAUCCUUUCCCAGGCUUUUUUUUUGCGAUUGCUUGGCCCUGUCGCACAAAAAACUAACAAACUGGGUUAGUUAUCCAAGGGGGGGGGGGGAAGAAAGGAUGUGGGUUUGCCCGAUCCUAGAUUUGUGGGAAAACCAGAGAUCCUGGAAAAUCCCCAUCCCAUCCAACAGCUGGAAAGUUUUCAUCCACAGCUGGGGAGGACCAGUCACUGGCACCCUCCCAGCUGCUUUAAAACGGGUGGACUUCAACUCCCAGAAUCCCUCACUUGACUCAGUCGUGACCCCCUAGGUGGGUAGUGUGGAGGUUGUUAAGAUGGUUGUGUACAGGUUUUCGUCGACUGAUGGAUCCAAUGUCCCUUUGCUAAGUGACUCGCGCCUGAUGAACUGUUUUGCCCCGCGGCUGCUAAUCCAAUCACCGCUGGAGGGUGGGGGAAUGCUGGGAGUUGAAGUCCACACGUCUUUAAAUGGCUGCCGUUGAAAAACAGCACCAAGGAAACCAUAAUUCUGACCUUUCCCGUCUGAUUUCAGCUCCCUGGCACGGCGGCACCACAGUUUUGCGCUCAUGGAGGGCAGCCCUCUCCCAGUGGGCAAGGCCAGACCCCAUUGGUAGAGGGCGCUCCGACAGAGCGAGGUACAAAAUGGGUUGGCAAACUUUCUGAUACCUGCCAACCUCUUGAAAAUGCCCCCCAAACAGAGAGAAAUGGCUGAAAUGCAAAGAACAAAUCCCCCCGCCCCCACAUUUCCGUUCCCCAAUCUUCAGGUAGUCCUCGAAUUACAACAGUUCAUUUAGUGACCGUUUGAAGGUACAGCAGCAUUGGAAAAAAAGUGGCUUAUGGCCAUUUUUCACAGUUAACAACUGCUGCGGCAUCUCCGACGUCACGUGAUGAAAAUUUAGGCGCUUGACAACUGGUUCGUAUUUCUGACAGUUGCAGUGUGGCUAGGAAAGGUCGUAAAAUGGGGCAGGCCUCAUGUAA